AUGCCAAUUUCCAUAUUGAAGAACAAAGACGCAAAGGGUAAGGAGGAAGAAGAUGAAGAGGAUGAAGAUGAAGAAGAUGAUGAGGAUGAAGCUGAGGAGGGAAGUGAUGGUGAGGAAACUGGACCUGGCGAUAGUGAAAGUGAAGAGGAAACUGAGGAAGAACCGGAGGAGACCCCGGAGGAGAAAAGCACAGGAAAGAAGAGAAAACGAGAAGACGAAGCAAGCAGCAGCAAGAAGAGUUCGGAGAAGGCAGAAGAGAAGACAGAGGCAAAAGGCAAGAAGGGUUUGGAGAAGGCAGAGGCUCCACUGAAGAACGACAAAAGUGACAAGAAGAAGAAUCGAAAGCACAAAAAGGAGAAGAAGGAGAAGAAGAAGGCUGAAAAGGAAGAAGAUAAGGAAGAAAAGGAAGAGGGUGGCGAAGAAGAAGAUGGUGCAAAGAACUCUUCAACCCAUCGAUGUGAAUGGCAGGCGUUUAAGCGCUGGAUCAACAACAAGAAGAAGUGUCCAGCCAAGAUUAUUGCAGCUUGCAAAAACGAGGUGGGGUGCAUGCAUACUGGGGUGUAUGUGUCAGGGUGCAUGUAUGUGUAUCCACAUAUGAUUCCUCAGCAGCGUCGCAAUCUGCAGGAGACCCGAAACCAGAUUUUCAACGACUAUGUCGAAUUGGGGCGCAAGAACACUUCGCAGGUCGAGGCACGGUUCAACUUGCGGCUUGAGGAGUGUCAGCGCACACAAGUGCGCUAUGGUUUUCGCAACGAUGUUUGGAUCACAAAGCACCACGGAGAAAAAAAAAGCACCCAAGAUCAUGCAGCGAAAGCGACCAUACAGGACCCUGAGUUUCCGGACGAUGAGGGGGAAUUGCUUUAUUGGGUCUUGGUGGAAUUCAAUUUGGAUGACAUCAAAGAAUUGAAGCGGAUCACCCAGUUGGAGCUUCAGGGAUCCUUAGACCCAGAAGGUGUGAAAGCUUUUGUGGAAGCUGGUGGUUGCCUAGAUGGUUCGCAGCACCUUUCACUCAAAGAUAUGGCUGGCAAGAGUGGCAUGAAAUCGUUGGAAAAUGGAUAUGGCUGGCAAGAGAACAGGACCCCAAUGCCAAAAAGGCCUGGAAAAAGAGUAUCUCCCUCACCCUCCCAAAGAGUAUCUCCCUCCCGACUUCAGGUGACUGCGGAUACACCCAUCGAGAAAGCCCAAGCUCUGGUCAACCGGAUCCUGAAGGACAUCAACAGCUGCAGGGAAUUUGCCUUUAAAUUGCGACCCUUGGCUAUGAGCACAGACUUGAUCGAUCAAUUGUCAGCGUGCGCUGUGAAGCUUGGUCGCCAAGCAGAGUUGCUGCAGCAAAAGAUCAAAUCAAAGCAGAACAAGAACCGACACUAUGUUGAUAUCAUUCGCGAGGUGGAUGAGAUCACGGCUAUGGCCAAAGGCCGUCUGGAACUUGCUAAGGCACUGAUCAGGGCCUCAGAGAAGUCCAGCAAGCCCAAGAAAAAGGCUGCUGAAAAUCCGGGUGAUGCAGCGACUGCAAAGCAGCCAUCUGCGUAG